GAAACGGGAAAUCCGGGAAAUUGGAGAGUACAGCAGGAAGCACCGGGACUGACAGUCUGCCCGGGAAAUUGGAGAGUACAGCAGGAAGCACCGGGACUGACAGUCUGCCCUGCAAAUCCGGGAAAUUGGAGAGUACAGCAGGAAGCACCGGGACUGACAGUCUGCCCGGGAAAUUGGAGAGUACAGCAGGAAGCACCGGGACUGACAGUCUGCCCAGCAAAUCCAGGAAAUUGGAGAGUACAGCAGGAAGCACCGGGACUGACAGUCUGCCCAGCAAAUCCGGGAAAUUGGAGAGUACAGCAGGAAGCACCGGGACUGACAGUCUGCCCAGCAAAUCCGGGAAAUUGGAGAGUACAGCAGGAAGCACCGGGACUGACAGUCUGCCCAGCAAAUCCGGAUGAGCGUCCAGUUCUACUAUAUCCCUGCACUGGGUAACCCAGCAGUCUCUUAGCAGCUUACCAAUAAGAGCAGAGGAGCGGUCAUCUCGUGGCAGUUCAGCUGCCUGUUCCUGAUAUUGUCGCAGGCAUCUAAAUGUCAAGACGGGCCAUGAGUGAGGUAAAUGAUAGGGAUUGUGAUCCCCAGAACUCCCAUGUUGACAGGAGAUGGGACAGUCAGUUGUCAGUCCUCCCAGACAAGCUACAACAGAGACUGAUGCCAUUCCAAAAGGAGGGAGUCAAAUUUGCCCUAUCAAAGAAUGGAAGGUGUAUGAUUGCAGAUGAGAUGGGUCUAGGGAAGACGGUGCAGGCUAUCUCUGUGGCCUACGCCUACAGACAGGAGUGGCCUCUGCUCAUCGUGGUGCCCUCCUCUCUAAAGUACCCCUGGAUCGAGGAGAUGGAGAGGUGGAUCCCUGAGCUCAACCCUGGAGAUAUCAACCUGGUGGAGACCAAGAGUGACACGCUGGGGAUCAGUAGCAGUAAGGUAACAGUGUUGGGUUAUGGGCUGCUCACCACAGAUGCACGCCCCCUGGUGGAGGCUCUGACCAGACAGAGGUUUAAUGUGGUGGUGGUGGAUGAAUCCCACUACCUCAAGUCCAGGAACGCAGCCAGGUCUAAGAUACUGGUACCACUCAUCCAGAACGCCAAGCGGGCCAUCCUACUGACGGGCACCCCGGCCCUGGGACGGCCAGAGGAGCUCUUUAUGCAGAUAGAGGCUCUCUAUCCGAGGAUGUUUGGAACGUGGAGUGACUACGCCAAACAAUACUGUAACGCCCACUACAGGUUCUUUGGUAACAGGAGACAGUGGGACUGUCGCGGUGCCUCUCAUCUUGAGGAACUCCACCAGCUGUCCCUCAGUGAGAUCAUGAUCAGGAGGCUGAAGGUCCAGGUCCUCCCCCAGCUUCCUCUCAGGGUCUCUGGUAAAGGAGACAGUGGGCGCAUCCCAGGUUUCGACCUGCCCAAAGGGUCUGCCAAGGAGGCGAGCGGCAGCUUGGAGGAGUGGGAGCGCCUGAUGAGGACGAUGGGUUCGGGGGUCUCUGCCACGGACAACCCCUUCACUGAAGUCAUGGGGCUCGUGACACGCAUGUACAAACAGACCGCCAUCGCUAAGGCCGGAGCAGUGAAAGACUACAUAAAGAUGAUGCUGGAGACUGAGAAGUUAAAGUUCCUGGUGUUUGCUCAUCACCUGACCAUGCUACAGGCAUGUACCGAGGCUGUCAUCGAAGCCAAGGCCAGUUACAUCCGUAUCGAUGGCAGUGUCCCGUCCUCAGAGCGUAUCCACUUGGUUCACCAGUUCCAGAAUGACCCUGAGACGCGCGUGGCCGUCCUCAGCAUACAGGCUGCUGGGCAGGGCCUGACGUUCACAGCAGCCACUCACGUGGUGUUUGCUGAGCUGUACUGGAACCCUGGCCAUGUGAAGCAGGCUGAGGACCGGGCGCACCGCAUCGGACAGACCGCCUCCGUCCACGUGCACUACCUCAUCGCCAAGGGAACCUUUGACACCGUUAUGUGGGGCAUGCUCAACAGGAAGGAAACGGUAACGGGCAGUACUCUGAACGGUAAGAAGGAGUACUUAAAGGCAGAGUUGGGGGAUAAGGACAAAUGGGACUUCCUGAAUUUCGCCGAGGCGUGGACACCAAGCGAGACGACCCUGACAGCAGGAGGAGUGGUUGACAAUGACAAAGAUCCUGUGUUCUUUAACCAUUUUGAGAAGGACAAACAGCACGACAUCCGUUCGUUCUUCUCUCCGGACGCGGGUAAAGAGAAGAAGAGGAAAAGAACAGAGGGUGAGGUUUGCCUAUCCCCCGUUACCCCCUCAGAGAAGGAGGGUUCUAUAGAUGUGGAGAACUCAGAGGGUGACAAGGAGAAAAACUACAACUCCCAAGAUCCCCCUGACCUCCAGGACCUAGACUUCUCUCCCCAGGUGAAGAGGCUGCGGCUGCCCACCUCCACCCUCACCCCCAGCGCUACCCACAGCCCCAGGUCUCGUCUUGGGGGGAAACGGACGUCCCUCCAUGGGGGAGAGGUCUUUGAACUACUUACUGGAAUCUUGGCCUUUGUACAUUUCACUGAACACAACUCUCCAGACACACAAUCUACAGGUUCCCCUGCUGGGUCCCCAGGCUCCAGGCCUGAUCAGUCCACCCCUAGAGAACACCCCUGGAUCAGCAAGCAGGAGGACCCCCCCUGUCCUGGUCCUGCCUCUCCCGGGACAACUGAACCACAGACGGACGCCCAGACAGACAGUGUAUUUAGUCCUGCUGAUGGUGAUGCUACGGCCAGUCUCCCCCUGUACCCCAACAUGAAGUUCUGCGCCAGCAAGAACACUGAGCGUAUCUACCUUUACUCCCAGGAGGACAGUCCACUGCACUGGAAUUUCAUUCCUCUGGACAUUAAACUGGACAGCUGGGAGGACAGGAGUCUAGUCACAGGAGGUCACCUAGAGGUAGACGUCACAGGAGGUCACCUAGAGGUAGACGUCACAGGAGGUCACCUAGAGGUAGACGUCACAGGAGGUCACCUAGAGGUAGACGUCACAGGAGGUCACCUAGAGGUAGACGUCACUGUAGUCACAGGAGGUCACCUAGAGGUAGACGUCACUGUAGUCACAGGAGGUCACCAGAGUGUGGGUCAGAUAUUGAGGUUUGUCCAGCAGUGGAGCACUCUGACAGCCAUGAAGCAGAGACUGAUCCGCCGCAGUGGUCUCCUGUUCUGCAGCCCAGUCCUGGUCCUGGACCAACUGACCAGCACCCAGCGUAAACACAGCAGCACCAAGAGGUAUCUAACCAAAGAAGAAGUGUCCCAGGCCUCUCUCAGUAAGGCCCAGUGUGAUGGAGGAACUGUCCGCAUGGUCAACAAGGAGAUCUUCUUCACCAAGAGGAGAACUGCCUCUAUGUCACGACCCAACACCUCUGCCUCCGUCCCAGAGAAACCAUCCGAGGUGCACCCAGAGCCUCCUGUUGGUGCUGAAGCUGGGUACCUGCAGGUGCUGGACAGUGAGGGUCGACCCUUGUGUCUGUCCUGCCACAAGGCCUGUGGGUCCACUGGAGGAGCCUGGGACACCUGCUUCUGUAGCCAGACGUGUCAGGAGGAGUUCCAGCUGCGCUCCAGCCAGGCCUACAUGCGUGCCCGGGUACUGCAGACGGAGCAGGGGGUGUGUCAGAGCUGCGGCCUGCAAGCCCACCAGCUGUACCUGAAGGUCCGCGACGCCCCGCCCACACACAGGAAGGAGAUGCUAGAGAACACCGGGCUGGCCCAGCUGUCACUCAAACAGCUGAAUGAGAUGAUCCGUGCCCCCGUGGAGGGUCAGUUCUGGCAGGUGGACCACAUCCGACCCGUCUACAGUGGGGGAGGACAGUGUUCCCUGGACAACCUACAGACACUCUGCACCGUCUGCCACAGAACCAGGACAGCUCAGCAAGCCAAGGACAGAAGCCAGAUGAAGAAAGGACUGGCAGCCUCCAAGGUGGCUUCAGACAUCACUCGCUUCUUCAUAAAGAAAUGAACAUUGAAACCAAAUGUUUUCCUCAACCAAGGAAGGAGGGAAAGUUGGAGGAGGACUGAGUGACAUAGGAAGGAUGUUUCUUCAGUGUGUUGGCAUCUCUGUGAAGAAGGCUACAUGUCACGGUUGGUUCUCAAUGCUGCCACUGAUGUCUGUGUUAUGGAUUCACCAGCAAUCCAAUGUAGAGGAACAUCGCCUCCUUCCUUUAAUGACAUCAUGUUCCAGUUGGAUCAUUGAGAGUGUUGAUGUGAACACUGUUCUUUCAGGGUUGAUUUUUUUUGUUGAGUUACCUGAAUAGAUUUUUACUAAACAAUGCUGCCUGUGUCAAAUGCAAAUGUUCCAAAUGAGCAGCUCCGCUCCUUCCCAUGUUGUCCCCAAACCGUCAGCAGUGAGCCUGGGUUGAUUUAUAACGGGCUUAUCUAGCUCAGAUACAGGCUGAACUGAACCAAGCUGGGCAGGCUGCUGCCUGUUUGAGUUGCCAGCCUGCCUGCAUGCCUGCCGAGCGCUCGCUGCUAUUUUAGGUUGUGCAAACUUGGUAGAAAAACCCUGAUGUGUGAUGCUCUAGUUUACAUCUUGACAGGAUAUCACAAGUGUUUUCCUUCAUGUCCUCUACAUGUAGUCUAGUUGGUAGUGUCUUUAUGUCCUCUACAUGUAGUCUAGUUGGUAGUGUCUUUAUGUCCUCUACAUGUAGUCUAGUUGGUAGUGUCUUUAUGU